CAGAGACAGAGACUUCAGAGCGAGACUUCAAAGAAAGACCUCAACAGAUAUUAAAGAUGAAGAUGCCACAGCUUCUCGUCCUCCUCCUCACCAUCCUGAUGCACGCAGCGACCGCCUUCCCCUCUCACAGCAGAGGGCAGGAGAAGCGCGCCUCAUGGGAUGACGUGAACGUGGUGGCUCACGGCCUCCUGCAGCUGGGUCAGGGUCUGAAGGAGCACGUGGACAAGAGCAAAGCUCAGAUGAGAGACGUCAACGCCAAACUGAAAACCUUCAACGCCACGCUGGCCGAGCUGGAGAGGAAGCAGAAGGAGCAGAGCGAGGACCUGACGGCCAGGAGCAAAGAGGCGGAGGAGAGGGAGAGGAAGGCUGCAGAGCAGAGCGAGGAGGUGAAGGCGAAGGUGGAGGAGAUGAAGAAGCAGGUUAACUCCAGGAUGGACGUGCUGGAGGAGAAGGUGCAGGAGGCGCUGAGGGAGCCCAAACUGGAGAGCAACAACAGCGAGCACAACGGAGCCUCAUUCAUCCAGAGACUUCUGGCCUCUCAGAACCGGCGCAUCGAUCAGCUGGUGGAGAAGAUUCAGCAGCAACAAGACAAACUGGAGAAACAGAGUCUCCACCUGCAAGCCCUGCAGAGCAAGGUCUCACACAAAAGAGUGAAAUCCCAAAGACGCAGAGACGAAGAGACGGUGCUGAGGGGAGAGGCGGAGCAGAGCGUGCAGACUUCAGGUUUGGCCAAAGACUGUCAUGAACUGUUUGUGCAAGGGCAGCGAGCCAGCGGCGUCUACACCAUCCAACCAGAGAGCUCACAGCCCUUCAACGUCCUCUGUGAGAUGACCUCAGAAGGUGGAUGGACUGUCGUGCAGAAACGUCUCGAUGGAUCUCAGAACUUCAACCAGCUCUGGGAGAGCUACAGGAGAGGCUUCGGCAACCUGCACGGCGAGUUCUGGCUGGGCUUGGAGAACAUCCACUCUCUCUCCAAACAGGGACAGUACGUCCUGCAGGUGGAGGUGUCUGACGGGGCGGGGCAGCAGGAAGUCGCUCGUUAUGAGUUCCAACUCGACGGAGAAGAGAAGAUGUUCGCUCUCAACCUACAGCCGGAGUCUGAGGGUCAGAACAUCAUGACGACCGGAGACGCCGGUGUUCCUUUCUCCACCGCUGACAGAGACAACGACCUCGCCAAAGACGCCAACUGUGCCAACAUGCUCUCAGGCGGUUGGUGGUUCAGCAGCUGCGGAGACUCAAACCUCAACGGCAAAUACCCCAGAAGGUGGAGCACGCUCAGACGCCAUCACACCAGGAGACAGGGGAUGUUCUGGACGUCCUCAGAGGGACAGAAGACGCCCGUGAAGACGACUCUGCUGAAGAUCGCUCCUGCACCGACAAAACAUUGAGUUCAGUCUCUGACUGGACAAAGAACUGAAGUCACGUUGUCUCUUCUUCAAAAGCACAUUACCGAUCUCUGGAUCCUCACGUAUUUCUAUGCUAUGCUAUAAGUUAUCGUUUCUGUCACAUUGACAGGUUUAACUUAACUUCCUUUAUAAGGUUUCUCUUCUCAUGUUGAUAUCUGUGUUUUAAAGACUUUAUAUGUACAGAGUAUAAAUGUUGACAUGUGUGCACUCUAAACUUUUUAUACGUUUCAUUGCUUCAAAGUGGAUGAAAAUAAAACUCUAAAGAUUUUAUGAA